AUGGGUUCCAUGCCAUACCGCAUCGACACGCACUCGCACUUCUUGCCGCCGGCGUACCGACAAGCUUGCAUUGAGAAUGGCCACGCAAAUCCCGACGGCAUGCCCUACCUCCCCGAGUGGUCCCCCGAAGCCCACCUCGCCCUCAUGGACAAACUCUCCAUCCGCAAAUCCAUCCUCUCCAUCUCCUCCCCCGGCACCCACCUCGUCGCCAACGACCCCGCUUUGGCUGCCAGAGUGACCCGCGAAUGCAACGAAUACGCUGCUGGCCUCAAACGUAGGAUGCCUGAUCGGUUCGGGUAUUUCGCCUCCCUGCCUGUCCCGGAUGUUGAGAUCUGUCUUGAGGAGAUCAGGAGGGCGUCCGAGGAGGGCUGCGAUGGGUUUGUGAUAAUGAGCAAUGGCCACGGCGUCUACCCCGGCGACUCUUCGCUGGAUCCUGUCUUCGACGAGCUGAAUCGCAGGAAAGCGGUUCUCUUCUUCCACCCCACUACUCCUACAUGCCCAUGCUCGCCGCAAGCACUAGAAGCAGGCGAGAAACCGAUAAAAGCCGCCCCGCUGGCGAGCAAGUAUCCCAACCCGAUGACGGAGUUCUUCUUCGACACGGCACGGAUCGUGACGAACCUCUUCCUUAGCGGGACGAUCAAGCGAUGUCCGGAUAUCAAGUUCAUCUUCCCACAUUGCGGUGGGGCUAUGCCGCCCAUGCUGUCCAGGUUCACGGGUUUCUCGACGCUGGUUCCGGGGCCGUGGACGGGUGUGGCGGAACAAGAGGCGAGGGAGGCGUUCAUGCGGCAGGUGUGGUUUGAUGUUGCUGGGUUUCCGUUCCCGGGUCAGCUGAAAGGGUUGAUGGAGGCGGGGGCGACGUCCAGUCGUUUAUUGUAUGGGAGUGAUUACCCGUUCACGAAGGCUGAGGGGGUGGAGAUGCUGGCUGGGAAGAUGGAUGAGGGUGUUCAAGGGAUGUUUGGGAAAGACGAGGUUGAGAGGAUCUACCAUGGGAAUGCUGAGAAGUUGUUCAGCUAG